AUGGUUCCAACUCUAACUCAAGUAAUUUUUAACGUCUCGGGUUAUUUCAAACGAAAUGAUAUGAAAAGAAUUUGGUAUGGAAUCAAAAAGCUUCAAGAACUUCAACAAGAUUGUGAGUGCAAUAAAAACGAAAUGAAAUUCUUCAUGCGCAUCAUUUUUGUGCUCGCAUCUCGAUUCAUAAGAAUUUGUCUGACUGAAGAGUACGUCACAUUUUUCUUUCUCGUUCAACCGUUGGUCUGUUUAUGGAAAUUUCAAUCUGUGAGAACUGAAGAAGAAGAAUUGCUGCUUUAUAUUCAACAGUUUAAUCUUGAAUAUCAUGUGGGAUCAAUUAUUGACAUUAGAAAUUCAACAAUGACUGAAAUGAUAUCAUCAAUAGUUAAUUAUUUCAUAACAAUGGUUCAAAUUUUUUCUGUUGAUCCUUUCAAAGAAGCUUCUUAA